GUCUAAUAUUCUUUCUUUGGUGAAAAAAAGUUUGAUGUUUUAACUUAUUUCAUCACCAGGCCAAGCAGCCUGUACUUAAUUUCUUCUACUAUGUGAAGUUUAGAAUUCUAAAUAACAGUCCCCACCUCUGGUGCAGACAGGAAAAUUCUUCUCACCUCAAAUAAUCAAUUUGUCGCUCAGGUAUUAAGUAGCAAUUAAGUGACAAGAACCGCAACCACCCAGGGUGUGACGUUGUGCUUUGAGAGCCUCUCGAAGCCAGCACUGACUCUGGGUGACCUCACAGGAAAGGUGGAGAAACCAAGCACUGGCAUAUAAACAUGACCCCUUCCCUGGGGUAUGGCUGAUGUAGCAGGUGUGACAGCCUAGAGAGCUUCCGCAUCACAGCCGUCUCCACCAUGAAGAUCAUUGGGGGUUUGCUCCUGUUCUGCACAGUGAUCCAUUUCUUCAGCAGCUCAGAAGCUGCUAGCUUAUCUUUAACAAAAGGGGACUGCAGCAGUUACAAGAAGUACCCAGUGGUGGCCAUCCCCUGCCCCAUCACGUACCUGCCUGUCUGUGGUUCUGAUUACAUCACCUAUGGGAAUGAAUGCCACCUAUGCAUUGAGAAUUUGAAAAGUAACGGAAAAGUUCAGUUUCUUCAUGAAGGAGCAUGCUAACUUCCCCGCAGACAUGGAUAUAGAGCGAUGACGUCUUCACCAUCACCUUCAUCUUCCCUGGGCUCUGACUGCCCUCUCCCUCACCUCAGCCAGGGCUCUGGGUAAGGGCAGAGACGGAAUGUGACGCAUCUUUGCUGGGCAGAGAAAAUUGUUGUGGUCCUCCUCAUGCCUCACUGAUUUCCGGGCCUCCUUUUGUACCUCAGUAAAAGAAUCUCCUUACAUAGUUUACCUUUACUUCUGCUUGUAUUUGUGUCUUAGAUUGGGAUGUCGCAUAUCAGUUUAAAAAUAAAACUGAAGAACACAUAAAUCUCCUUUAGGAGAAAAUCCUGUAUGAAGAAUUCCAAGUGACUUCCAAAAGACCCACGCACACGCACGCACACCCACCCA